AUGGAGAAGCUGUUCGAAUAUGACAAGUCCAGACAGCCAGACAACAGUGCGUUUAAGCAGCAAAAGCUGCCGGGUCACCACCUCCGCCUCACCGCCACCGCCGUCCUCUCUAUCUUUUUUACCACGGGAUUAUUCUGCCUCUGUGUGGGCAUCAUCCUUAUAUUGUCUGCAAAGAGCACCAAGAAAAUAGAGGUCAAUUACACAAAGCUAUGUGCAGAUUGUCAUGAACUGCGGGAUGAUGCCUCCAAGUUUAGGAAAGCAUGCACCUGUUCUAUUCCCUUUAACCUUCCAGAGAAAAUGAAGGGUAAUGUUUAUAUGUACUACAAAUUAUAUGGCUUCUACCAGAAUCUCUAUCGAUAUGUUCUUUCCAGAAGCAAUACGCAACUGAUGAGUAAGAAUAUUAUGGAUGUUCAUGGCUGUCAUCCAUUCAAAAUGACUGAAGAUAAAAUUCCCUUCAUUCCUUGUGGUGCUAUUGCCAACAGCAUGUUUAAUGAUACCAUAAUUCUUUCCUAUAACCUUCAUUCAUCUGAACACAUCCAAGUCCCAAUGCUAAAGUAUGGACUCACAUGGUGGACAGAUAAGUAUGUCAAAUUUCAGAAUCCAGUUUCCAGUAAUCUUGCAGAUCAAUUUGAAGGAAGUGCAAAGCCCCCAUCCUGGUCUGUACCUAUCUAUGAACUAGAUAGAGAUGACCCAGGAAACAAUGGCUUCCUCAAUGAAGACUUUAUUGUGUGGAUGCGGACAGCUGCCUUUCCUACUUUCAAAAAACUCUACCGCCGGCUCUCACGAGAACACUACUUUAAAGAAGGCUUACCUGCUGGAAACUACAGUUUCAACAUAUCUUAUAAUCCUUAACAAGGCUUCUUAUAUUUUCCAGUCACCAGGUUCCAAGGAGAGAAAUCUGUCGUCCUGUCCACCCUGACAUGGAGCGGAGGUGAUAACCUUUUCUUGGGGCUUGUCUACACAGUGACAGGGGCAUUAACUUGGUUGAGUGCCUUUGCCAUAAUGGCAGUUUAUUUGAUGCUGAAAAACAGGAAAGAAAACUUAUCUUUAGACAGCUGUGAAGGGAUCAAGAGCAAUAACUCAGAAAUAGGGUCCCCUGUGGUCAGUAGAGCCCCAAAUUUGGACACGGCUUCACUUGCAUAUUCAUUGGCUUUAGCAGUUUGGCGAAACUCCACCGCCAGGGAUCCCAGCUCUCUACGUGGGAAGGACGACGCUAAGCGGACGCCAAGCAGCGAUUUCCCACGCUCACAGAACCUCGCGCUGGAGACGCGCUUUCCUCCAAUCACGCCACAGCCACUCUGCUCGCUGGGCCCCGCGACCACGCCUCUAGCGCCAGACACCGCCUUUUCACCCUCGGGACGUCGUGACGUCACGGCGUCUCAUUCCUCCCGUUCCCUUGACCCCGCCCUGUUUCUUUCCCUCUGUGGGAACCUCACUGCCCGACUUCCGAAGACCUUUUACGACGUUGGGUCUCAGAGUCGUUCUCGGCGCCAGACCCACUUUUCGGCAAAGUGA